AUGUUAAGGGGAAUCGGGAGUCCGGGGGUGGAGCACCCUGGCGCUGCCAUCGCCGGGCGAGCCAGCCCGCGGGACAGCGGGGGAGCCUGGAUGGUGUACGUGCUGGUUGGUUUGGUCAGCCUCCCUCUGCUGGUCACCGUGCUGUGGCUGCUGCGCCAGUUGUGGCGCAUGCUGGCCUCCUGCGCCGGCCGGGGCUGCCCCGCCACAGCGCGCUGCGCCAGUCGGCCCGACCACGGCCUGGAGGAGGUCGUGAUCAUACCCGCCGACCACCAGUUGCACUGCUCAGUUCCUCAGGGCGUGCCGUCUUCUAGCAGUGCCCUGCUGCGUGAUGGGCCACUAGCAUCUUCCCAAGAACAACACCAGUUUUCACCUGCUUCUCUGAUGGAAGAGAUUUUGCUUGCGUCGACUCGUGAACAGAUGCAGAGUGCAUCAAAACCUGGUGACGCACAACUGGUGACCUGCCACCACCAAACGCUCUUGUAUUCAACGGCUAAUCAAGCGGAAUGCGUUAAGGGGUUAUUCGUUGAUGACCAGUCUCCUAGCCGUCACACAGAAGAGACGGAACUAGAGGCCACAUGCGACCAGGAUCAAGCGGUGCUUUCACCUCCGAUGCAGGAUUUGGAAGCGUUUUCCAUCCCUGAUGCCUUCGCUCUUGCCGAUGCCGACAGUGACAACCCACAGUAUCCCCAGGAGUCAGGGCUGCAUGAGUCACCAUCAUCGCCAAGGGAAGAGGCCUUUGAAAAUUAUCCUUCUGAGCAGCUGCAAGAUUCACCAUCCUCUUUGAAGGAAGAGGUCUACGAGACUUAUCCUCCUGAACAGCUGCAAGCAUCAACAUCAUCUUCAGGAGAAAGGGCUGUUGAUGCUUAUUCUUCUGAGCAACUGCAAGACUCACCAUUAUCUUUGAGGGAAGAUGUCUAUGAGACAUAUCCUCCCGAGCUGCAUGAAGCACCAUUAUCCCCAUGGGAAGAGACUUUUGACACUUUUCCUCCCGAGCAGCAACAAGAUUCUCGAUCACCUUUGAGGGAAGAGGUCUACGAGACUUAUCCUCUUGAACAGCUGCAAGCAUCAACAUCAUCUUCAAGGGAAAGGGCUGUUGAUACUUAUCCUCCCGAGCUGCUGCAAGACUCACCAUCAUCUUUGAGGGAAGAGGUCUAUGAAACAUAUCCUCCCGAGCUGCAUGAGGCACCAUUAUCUCCAUGGGAAGAGAUUUUUGACACUUAUCCUCCCAAGCAGCUGCAAGAUUCGCUAUCACCUUUGAGGGAAGAGGUCUACGAGACUUAUUCUUUUGAACAGCUGCAAGCCUCAACAUCAUCUUCAAGAGAAAUGGAUGUUGAUGCUUAUCCUCCCGAGCAGCUGCAAGAUUCACUAUCAUAUUCGAAGGAAGAGGUCUAUGAGACAUAUCCUUCCAAGCUGCAUAAAUCACCAUUAUCUCCAUGGGAAGAGACUUUUGAUGCUUAUCCUCCCGAGCAGACGCAAGAGUUUCCGUUCCCUAUAAAGGAAGAGGUCUAUGAAACACAUCCUCCAGAGCAGCUGCAUGAGUCACCACGAUCUCUGCAGAAAGAGGCCUUUGAGAAGUAUCACCACACAUAA